UCAAAAAGUCCACCCAACUCACACACACACACUCCUUUUAGUCUUUCUUUUCUUUCCUAGUUCAACCAGAAACAGUUAAAUCCACUCCCCAUCAUCCAACCGCAAAAAAGGUUCAAUCUUUAAGAUGCAAGAUCCCAACUCCAAGCAGCAAAUGCCGCCCCUCUCCGCCGCAAUGCGCCACCGCCGCGCCCACUCCGAGGUCAACUUCCGUCUCCCCGACGACCUAGAUCUGGGCUCCGACCCCUUCGACGCCCCCGCCGCGAGCUUCGACGAGAUGGGAUCCGAAGACGAUCUCUUCUCCACCUACAUGGACAUUGAGAAGCUCAGCGCCGCUCCCGGAUCUGCCGCCGCCGACGAUGACGCCGACAAGAGGCCGCGCCACCGCCACAGCAAUUCCGUCGAUAGCAGCUCCAGCUUCUUGCUCAGCGACAGCAGCAUCGAGGCCAAGAAGGCUAUGCCCCCCGACAAGCUUGCUGAGCUCUGGACUAUUGAUCCCAAACGCGCAAAAAGGAUUCUGGCAAAUCGGCAGUCUGCUGCUCGAUCAAAAGAAAGGAAGGCCCGGUAUAUAUCUGAACUGGAGAGAAAAGUUCAGACGCUUCAAACUGAAGCAACGACUCUCUCUGCGCAACUCACUCUGUUCCAGAGAGACACAACUGGACUCAGUAAUGAGAAUACGGAGCUUAAGCUUCGGUUGCAAGCCAUGGAACAGCAAGCUCAACUACGCGAUGCACUCAAUGAAGCACUACGGCAGGAAGUAGAAAGACUCAGAGUCGCGACUGGAGAAAUGUCGACCACAUCAGAUACGUUCAAUCUAACCGUGCAGCACCUUCCCUACAACCAGACCACAUUCUUUUCCAACCAGCCUCAAGCUGGCUCAAACGAAUCAUUGAACACACAAAUGCAGCAGUUUCACACACUUCAAGCCGGCAUGUCAAGCCACCAGCAGCAUGCCAUGCUCUCUGCCAAUCACACAAGGCAACUCUCCGACUCAAUGCACCAAGACCCUCUCGGACGAUUUCAAGGCCUUGAUAUCAGCAACGGAACCACUCAUGUGAAGUCUGAAGGCCCCUCUAUAUCCGCCAGUGAAAGCAGUAGUACAUUCUGAUUUUCAGGUUCUUUUGAUUUUUUUUAUCCCCGAAAAUCUGUUUGUUCAUAGACUGACACCACCGCGUUUAACAUCCAGAAUCAUCAGCAAUCCACAUUUUUUCAUUAACUUUUUUUCUCUCUUUCUUUCUUUGGAGUUAACUGGUUGUUUUAGGUUCCCCCUUAGUGUUGUAGGUUUGUCGUUGUUCUUUGCGUUGGGAGCCGGUUAAGUCUUCGUUUCGUCUACAUUUUGAUUUAUUCGUUUAAACUGAGAAAUCAUAGGUUGUGUUGUAUGUCGAUUGUAAUGAACUUGCACAUCAGUUUGUGUUGGUUUACUGAUAGAUUUUUUAAUUUUUAUGCUUUGCUCUUCACUCA